AUGGCCUUUCUGCCGCGGAAACCAGCGACGUUUUUGACGGUCCUUGUGUCGUCUUUUAUCUUUUUUUACGUUGUCUUUUUCUCCAACUUCUCGCCGCUUUCCCUGGCCUCUCCAGCGGUCUCAACCCCCCUUCGCCGUCAUAACCCUAAUGAGCCUGUAAUCAAGUCUUUUAAGCUCAAUAACCUCAAGUCCACUCCUAAUGCCAUGCAAAACCAAGAGCGUGUCUUGAUUCUCACACCCAUUGCACGCUUCUACGAUGAAUACUGGAAAAAUCUGCUGAGCUUGACUUACCCACGCAACCUCCUCGAACUUGGAUUCAUUGUCCCUGCAAACUCACAAGGUGACCAGGUUCUUAAGAGUCUAGAUGAAGUCGUCAAAAAGGUUCAGACUGGCCCUGAAUCUCAACGCUUUGCAAAGAUCUCCAUUCUUCGUCAAGACACUCCUUCUAUGGACUCACACCUCGAAAAGGACCGCCAUGCUCUUUCCGCACAAAAAACUCGCCGUGGACAAAUGGCUCUUGCUCGCAACUCUCUCUUGUUUACUACCCUCGGCCCUCAAACCUCUUGGGUUCUGUGGCUUGACUCCGACAUUGUUGAGUCUCCUCCAACUCUGAUCCAGGAUCUGGCCAAGCACGAUAAGGAUAUUAUUGUCGCCAACUGCUACCAACGUUACAAUGAUCCAACUAAUGGCCCCGCAAUCAGACCAUACGACUAUAACAAUUGGCAAGAGUCUGAACAGGCUCUUGAGUUGGCUAAAAAUAUGGGCGAGGAUGACAUUAUUGUCGAGGGCUACCAAGAGCUUGCUACAUACCGUGUGCUCAUGGCAUACCUUUACGAUGCUACUAAAGACCCUAACAUGGAGAUUCCUCUGGAUGGUGUUGGAGGUACCGCUAUGCUUGUCAAGUCAGGCGUCCACAGAGACGGCGCCAUGUUCCCAUCCUUCCCCUUCUACCAUCUCAUUGAGACGGAAGGCUUUGCAAAGAUGGCUAAAAGACUGGGAUACCAGGCUUGGGGUCUGCCAAAUUACUUGGUUUAUCAUUAUAAUGAAUAG